AUGUUGGUGGAGAGACUUCAGAGUGACGACUGCGCAGGCAACGUGACCGGCGCCAUUGAAGCGACCAUCGUACCCGUGGGCGCCGCGUACGAGCUGUUCGCGCCAAAUACGAACAACACCAUCAGCUUCUACGAAAACACUCUCAAUCUCAACACCAGCACGUCAGCCGUCAUACUCGCCUCCUUUGGCGGCGUAACCCAAUAUGCCAACAACGCGCUCCAUGGCUUCGGUCGUGUCAGCUUCACUACGCGCGAAGAGGAGUAUCUCUACACAAACUACGGGAGCUACGUUGCGGAGUGGGCAGCAGACUUCAACACGGGAACUGCGGUCAUCGAUGUCUUCAAGCUUGCGUCUGGAGGAAGGGUGGAUGGCGCGCCAAUCCCGGCUCUCUUGCCGCCGGGCGGGUCCUAA